AUGAGUGUUUAUUUAGCCAUUACUUUGUUUUGUAACGCCGCGUUAGGCUUGAGGAUAUUCCCUAUAGAAACUGCAAAUACGGUUAAACCGUCUUUGGCACCAUUCUUUAAUAUUGGAAAUGUUAAAAAUGUGAAUUUUCCGUUGCGAAUCGAACAAACUACAUCCCAAAGUGAUUUCUUUGCACCUACGCCAGUAAGACCAAAUGUAGUUCAAACUAUUGAUUAUAUGAAAAAUGUACCACCACCACAGCUAACGGUCGUUAAAGCGACUGAGAUGCCAGUUUUACAAGAGAUCACAGCCACAAGUAUUCUGCAAAUGACCAAACAGUUACCUGAAGACAUCUACCACAGUAUUGUGCCAACUCCAUCAUUGUCUACUGGUGAAAUAACCCUACAAUUCGCUGCUCUUUCAGCGUAUCCUAUGACAUCAACUGCAGAAUACCUUGGAGCUAUAGCUCCAACAAGCGUGAUUAAAGUUCAGGAAACGUUUGAUUUGACCUCAUAG